AAAAAAAAUUAUUAAUCAAUAAAAAAUGUUGGGCGAUUUCCUGACCAGAUUGCUAGUGUUGGUUUUUGGAUAUGCAUAUCCAGCGUUUGAGUGCUUCAAGAAGGUGGAGAAGAACAGGGUUGAGAUUGAUGAACUCAGAUUCUGGUGCAAAUAUUGGAUCCUUGUGGCUUUUAUUACUGUUUUGGAGAGGAUAACCGACAUAUUCAUUUCAUGGUUGCCCAUGUAUGGAGAGAUGAAGCUUGGAUUUUUUAUCUACCUAUGGUAUCCUAAAACCAAGGGAACCGUUUUUGUGUACGACACCAUCUUUCGGCCUUUCAUGGCAGAACAUGAAACCGAAGUGGAUCGGAAGAUCAUGGAGCUGAGAGCUCGAGCAUGGGACGUUUUCACACAUUACUCGGCGAAUUGCUCGGAAAUGGGGUUGGCUAAAUUCUUUGAAAUGUUUCGGUACAUAGUAGGUCAAACUACCAAGUUCAGUCCUGCAAAACCUAGCAAUCCGAAAUCUAGAGAUCGGAGUCUUAACAACAUCCCAUCACCACCAUCUCCGAACGGAUUACGGAGUCCAUCGGCCAGGGCUUUUAACUCGGUACUGAGCCGUGUUAACUUUGUAGACUCACCAAGGCACGGUCAACCGGACAGUCCGUCGGCACACCAGUUCGACAACGACGACGACUCAAUUCCGUAUUCCCCAAUUUCGUCUACUAACUUCAAACCCUCAACGUUCUCGAGAAAAUCCGGGAGUUUUUGGAGAUCUAGGGUUACGUUUCCGCUCAUCAAGGCGACUCUUGAUGUCGGAAGCAACGCGAUUAGACCCGGAGGUGCGGUCGAGACUGAUAAGUUACCGUCGGGUGUGAGGAAACAAGCAACGGAGGCCGUUGACGCGUUUGGGGGGAGGGUUACUGUUGGAGAUGUUUCGAGUAAAGCUGGGCUUAACUUGAAUCAAGCUCAAAAGGCUCUUCAAGCGUUGGCUUCCGAUACUAAUGGUUUAGUUGGCCUUAAAAAUGUUAAUACCAAGAGCUCUUGCUGCUAUCAUUUUUAG